ACCAAAUCUCAUCUUCUUCGUCAUCAUCAUCAACGAGAACCAUAACCCACUCUUUCUCUCUCUAAAUCUUUUCCGAUUCUCUCUCUCUCCCCUUCGAUCUAUGAAUUAAUUCAGAUUUCAAUAAUUUAUUGCUGGUUAAAUACUUUUGAAUUCUGAUUCAUAUAGAUAAAUUUCAAUCAGAUUGGAUCGUUAUAGAAACGAAUGGGAGCAUUGUUGGAUGAAUCUUGCAGAGUCUGAAAUAAAAUGCCAGGAUUAGCGCAAUUCAGUAAUGGUUCAUCGACAUCGCCCGCGAGGUACUCUCUCUCCGCCAAUGGAUUCUGGUCGAAGAAUCGUGACGACGUUAGCUACAAUCAGCUCCACAAGUUCUGGAGUGAGUUGUCGCCACAAGCUCGGCAGGAACUCUUGAGGAUAGAUAAGCAAACCCUUUUUGAGCAAGCACGAAAAAAUAUGUACUGCUCUAGGUGCAAUGGGUUACUUCUUGAAGGCUUUUUGCAGAUUGUUAUGUAUGGGAAAUCUUUGCAGCAAGAUGGAGCGAGUGUUCACUUUACUUGCAGCAGACCUGGAGGUUUGAAAAAUCAGAAUAACAGUGGAUCGUCCAUUUUCAAUGGGAUCCAGGACGAAAUUCAAGAUUCUUCUGUUCAUCCUUGGGGAGGUUUGACCACAACGCGUGAAGGUUCACUGACACUAAUGGACUGCUACUUGUAUUCAAAGUCUCUGAAAGGACUCCAAAUUGUAUUUGAUGGGGCACGUGCAAGGGAGCGGGAAAGAGAACUGCUUUACCCUGAUGCUUGUGGUGGAGGAGGCCGUGGUUGGAUAAGCCAAGGAAUCGUGAGUUAUGGCAGAGGGCAUGGGACAAGGGAAACCUGUGCCUUACACACUGCCAGACUUUCAUGUGAUACACUUGUGGAUUUUUGGUCAGCACUGGGAGAGGAGACAAGGCAAUCUCUUCUAAGGAUGAAAGAAGAAGAUUUUAUUGAGAGACUCAUGUACAGGUUUGAUAGCAAGAGAUUUUGCAGAGAUUGUAGAAGAAAUGUUAUUCGAGAAUUCAAGGAACUAAAAGAACUGAAGCGCAUGCGCCGAGAACCUCGUUGCACCAGCUGGUUUUGUGUUGCUGACACUGCCUUUCAGUAUGAGGUAUCCGAUGACUCAAUUCAAGCUGAUUGGCGCCAGGAAUUUGGGGAUACUGUGGGAUCUUAUCAUCACUUUGAGUGGGCUGUGGGGACAACUGAAGGAAAAUCUGACAUUUUGGAAUUUGAAAAUGUUGGAAUGAAUGAAUGUGUUCAAGUCAGUGGCCUAGAGCUUGGUGGUUUAAGUGCAUGCUUUAUCACCCUCCGAGCUUGGAAAGUAGAUGGACGCUGUACUGAACUUUCUGUUAAAGCUCAUGCAUUAAAGGGUCAACAGUGUGUACAUUGCAGGCUAAUUGUAGGGGAUGGUUAUGUUACAAUCACAAAGGGGGAAAGUAUCAGAAGAUUCUUUGAGCAUGCUGAAGAGGCAGAAGAAGAAGAGGAGGAUGAUUUGAUGGACAAAGAUGGAAAUGAGCUUGAUGGAGAAUGCUCCCGUCCUCAAAAGCAUGCCAAAAGCCCCGAACUUGCUCGAGAAUUUCUUCUAGAUGCUGCCACUGUUAUAUUUAAAGAACAGGUUGAAAAGGCUUUCAGAGAAGGAACAGCACGCCAAAAUGCACACAGCAUAUUCGUGUGUCUUGCACUAAAACUGCUGGAGGAACGAGUUCAUAUAGCAUGCAAAGAAAUCAUUACAUUAGAAAAGCAGACAAAACUUCUUGAAGAAGAAGAAAAAGAAAAACGUGAAGAAGAAGAACGCAAGGAGAGGAAAAGGACAAAAGAAAGGGAGAAAAAACUUAGGAGAAAGGAAAGAUUAAAAGGAAAGGAGAAAGAUAAAGAAGAAAAUUGUUCUGAAUCAAUUGAUGCUCCUGGAUCUCCUGAAGUCUCAAAGGAAGAAUUGUCUGCAGCUGCUGAUACAGUACACAAUAAUUCUAUUGACUGCGGGAAUUCAGUUAUUGCAACAAACGAGACUAAUUUAUUAAGGGGUGAUUAUACUAACAUUCAAGAUGAAGACUUCUCUAGUGAGUGUAGCACUUUUAGAACACAAGACCCAUCCUAUGAUGAUUGUGAUGGAGACAUUGCAAAUGUUGCAAAUGCAGAAGACAGGAAUGGUACUUCUACAGUAGAACAAUCUAAGUUUUUUCGUCAAAGACUUAGGUUUAGGAAAGAAUUUCAGCUGGAUAUGCCUACUAAGUGGUCUGACAGGCGCCAUAAUGUAGUAGUUUCAGAAAAUGGUGUGAUGGUUGGAAGAUCUGAACCAAGACACUAUGGAGAUAAUUUUGGGAUCUCUUCCAGAGGAAUCAAUGGAUUGAACAGGCAAUCAAGAAUAAAUGUUCCAAAAUCCAAUGGUCGAAAUGUUAGUCAUAAGUGUAAUGAGAAGUUCUAUAAUUCCAACAGCCGGAUGAAUGACAGAUUUGAUUUCCAUUCUUGCAGUUGUAGCCUGAAUAAUAGAAUGACUAGAGUUAGUCGGGAGACAAAACCUGCAAGUAAGUCUGAAUCUGCAGUAGAUACAUCUAAGCAGUUUUAUCGUAGUGGUAAGUAUAAUCAUGCAGACUUCAUGCACGAGAGUAGUGGAAAACCCAAAAGCAGAGUCAUCUCGGGGAACUAUCCUAGUAGGGAUUUGCUUCAAUUAAAGAAAGUUUGGGAGCCUAUGGAAUCACACAAGAAGUAUGCUCGUAGUAAUUCUGAAUCUGAUGUUACGUUGAGGUCCACGGAUCAAGGAUUUCAGUUUAAUCUGGUUAGGUCAUCUGUUGAUGAAGCUGGUGAUUCAGUUGAAAAUGAUAAUGAGGAUAGUAAUUUGAACAGAAGUGGAAUGGCUGAAGGCUGUCAGAAUGAUCUUGAUGCAGAAGCUGAAAGAUCUUGCAGUUCCACUGAAAUUGCAUCUGAGGAAAGUGGAACAUGUCUGACCAGAGGCUCUGCCUUGAAUAGUUCUUCUGAUCCCAGUCAAGGUAGCACUUCUAGUUCUGAUAACUGCUCAUCAUGCCCAAGUGAGGGUGAUAAUAAUACAACCUCUUCAAACCGUGAAAAUACAGAAUCCUCAACAUCGGAUUCAGAAGAUGCUAGCCAACAAUCUGAAGUAAGAGAUGGUUCAACCUGCAUUGACAAUGGCUUGUCUGGCUGUCAUGAAGCUGGCAGAAUGCAGAAAAUCCAUAAAGCAAAUGGUGAGGGUUUGGCAAGCAGGUCAUUGAUUGGUUCAUCCUUGGGUGUAGCAGGAAGUGAUGCAUCGGGGAGUCCUGUGGUGGAAAUUGCCCAAAAUUUUGAUAAUGGUUUUUCCUCCACCAAUGUGUGUUCUCAACCACAAAGCAUCCUUCCUCCAGUACCAAACCAAAAUAUACAAUUUCCAGUGUUUCAGACUCCUCCAGCAAUUGGUUAUUACCAUCAAAAUCAAGUUUCCUGGCCAGUGGCAUCCACAAAUGGGUUGAUGCCCUUCCCACACCCAAAUCAUUAUUUAUAUGCUGGCCCUCUUGGGUAUAGCUUAAAUGAGGACCCACACUUCUGCUUGCAGUAUGGUGCCUUACAGCAACCAACGCCCCCAUUCAACCCUGCUGCUGUUCCAGCUUAUCAGCCAGUUGCCAGAGCUAAUGGCUUAAAUGCCGAGGAACCGAUGCAAAUGUCUAAGCCAGCAACCAUGCAAGAGCAACUUAAUGGAUCAAUUGCAGAAAGGGUUGUCCCACCUGGAGCUAAUUCCAAAAAAUCAGCAUUGAAUGGGGAAGUUGGACAUGGUAAUUCUGCUAAGUUACAAGAGAAUAAUGGUGGUUUUUCCUUGUUUCAUUUUGGUGGGCCUGUAGCCCUUUCAGCUGUUUGUAAAUCGACUGCUGAAUCUUCAAAUGGUGACAAUGCUGGAGAUUUUAGCUCAAAAUGUUCAGCAGAUCCUGUCGAGAAAGAUCAUGCUUGCAAUAAGAAAGAGACCACUGUUAUAGAGGAGUACAACUUGUUUGCGGCAAGUAAUACCUUAAGGUUUUCAAUUUUCUAAAAAGAAGCGAGAAGUAUAAAGGUGGCUGUUGUGGAAUUCAUUCCCUAUCUUUACAUGUCCUAAUUGAGGUUUGAGUUCCUUAUAAUUCGGUAAACAAUAAGCUUCCUUGAGCAGUUUAUAAUUUUAUCGUACAGUUUUAUUAGUUGAUUGUUACCCAAAUUGUCUCUGUUUUUCCUUUGAUGUAGAGAAAGAUUGCGAGUGCUGGUAUUUUGAAGGUUAAUUUUUUUUCUUUUUUCGGUGAGACAUAAUCCCCCCCUCCCUUUUUUUUCUUAUAAGUUUCAGAGAAGCAUUUGUUCGUGGCAAUUUUUUUUUUCCCCUUGUCAUGCUGCAACAAAAGCUGCUUCGUAGUGGAAGCUGUAUUCUGGAUUUUGAGUGGACAGUAUCAAUGUGAUCAAAGUAUUAUAUUUGCUUGACUCUGUUAGAUGUUUUUUUUUUUCAA